CUUUGAACUUAUCUUCACAACAGGUAAAUGAACGAAUCAUCCAGAUGAUGAGUGCAGAGAAGUCACCAAUCAAACUUGUAUUUGCCACUGUGGCUCUAGGGAUGGGUAGUGAUUUGAGAUUUGUGGAGAGGGUGUACCAUGCUGGAGUUCCAUCAUCUCUUGAAGCAUAUACACAGGAAAUAGGACGAGCUGGCCGAAGUGGAGGACAAUGUGAGGCAAAGAUGUUUUUUAACAAUACUGACAUUGCCCAGAGACAUGUACCACAGUCCUUGAAAGACUUUUGCCAGCAGGAAAUGUGCAGGAGAGAGCUUAUUUCAGAAUAUUUUAAUUCCCCAAUAACCCAUGCUCAGCUCUGUUGUGAUGUAUGUUUGAACAUCUCAAAGUCUGUAAAGUACUUCUUGCCAAAACUUGAAGAUAGAAAAAUUGUGUAUGAUUUCCUUCGAGCAUACAGAGAAUCUGAUUCUUCUGAUAUCAGUAGAUUGGUUCUUAGUGAUCAGCACAUUAUGUUUAUAAGUGAGACUUAUGAAUUUGUAGAAAGUGUGGAAUCUUUAUCGCAAAUGUACAGAAUUCCAAUUGUCAUUGCUGAGGCAUUGUUUAGCAUUACAAAUUUGACCAAAAUAUGA